AUGGAGACGAUGCGAAAAGGAGGAGGUCGAGACUGGGAAACGGAUAAGUUCUGUGCUCUGUGCUCGGUUGGAGUCCGUUCGGACAGCAAGACCAGAAUUGGAGACAAGUUUUGUGGGGUUCUUCGUAUCUGGGGCCAGGGGCAUCGCGUGUACCCCUGGAGGGAGGUUAUCGAGGCGCACUCACAGAAGAUGGUCCGGGUAAUGCCUAAGCUUGGGCAGAAGGGGUAG